AUGUCGGAAAACCUUAUCCCGCUGGAGUUCGUGCACCACCGUCUGCUCAUGGAUGUCGCAUUCGAGGAGAUACCGGAAACAGGUAACACCGGCGUGCACGUUGCUGCCUACGGCGGCCGCUUGAAGUGUCUCGGGUACCUCCUGUCCCAGGGUGGAGAUAUAAAGAAGAAAAAUCACCGGGGGCAAACUCCUGCAAUGUUAGCCGCGCUUGCGGGGCGGACAAAUGUCCUCAAGUGGCUCUUGGAGAACGCGAAGGGCAUCGGGGAGGUGCCUGCCAACUUCAUUUCCGAUGAACUGCUGGACAUCGUGGAAGAGAUGGACGAGUCGGCUACGUAUGGAUCCCCAAUGUACCGCCUGCUCGAAGACGCCUUGAACGCCGUCGAAGCGCAGAGUGACGGGAGUGAGCCGUUCGGCAGUGAUUCGCGGGAAGAAGGAGGUGCUCAGGAUGAAGCGAAAGAUGUGGCGCAAGCGCCUGCUGCCGAGCGUCCAACGACCGGAGAAUCUACGCGACACGAAGUGAACGGCGGCGGAACUAAUGACACCCUCGAGUUUGACACGGCAUGGGAACUGUACGCCGGGGGCAAAUUAGGUGCCCAUGAUAUUUUAGUAGUCCUGACGCGCAUUCAUGGAGAGGGGUUGAAUGCUUCUUGGCCCCGGGUGCUGGCCGCUCUUCCUUCAGAUGAUCCGCACCUGAUUCAAAACUUGGAGGCAGCCAAGAGUGGCGUUGACCGGUCGAAAGCAGGUGCUUUGGCAAUGGCGAAGGAAGACACCAAGGGAAACAGCGCCGCUGUAGCAGCAGCAAGCUGCGAUUCCGCGACCGGGGCAAGAGGCAAACUAUCCCCUGGCGGCCACAGGGACGGUGAUGAAGAAAAUUUCCUUCGAGCGACCACGGUCAAGUACCUCCGUGGUUCCAUCACCGCGGAACAGUUCUAUGACGAGAUGGUCGACGGAGUGGAGGAGCGGAAAGGUGGAGGGAGAAGAGUCGAAGAAGCCGUGAUCGCCAGGGUGGCCAGAGGCAUGCCCGAGGAAAAGGCAUGGUCCUUGAUGGAGGUUCACCGCAAGCGGCGGCACGAAGAAAGGCUGAACAAGAAAAGGCUACGGAGAUCGAGACAGCGUCGUGCGGAGGCGGCGUCCGAAGGGAACACGAAAAAAUCGACUGCUCUUGCCGAGCCGCCGGGACAAGGAGAUGACAGUUCGGUGGCAUCGGUGUUUUCCUUUGGGGGCUCCGUGGAUUCUUGCGACCUUUCAACAAGCGCUGGGACCGGUCGUGACUUGGAUCAGGCCGUAGCCAAGUACAGGGAGAACCGGAUCAGCGCUGCCGAAUUGAAGACAGUUCUGUCGGACGCCUUCGGCAACCAGGUGGACAAUAUACUGCCGAGGGUGUUGGCAAUUCUUUCCAACAGGAAGCGCCGCGAGCUAGCCAAUCAGUGGCAUGUCGACAGUGACAGCGCUACAAAGUUGCGACGACCGAGGGUCCUUCAUCCAAGGGCUUCCUUCGUUUCUACGGACGUCGUUCCGGUGAAAGAUCAGAAAAUCAUCCCUAGGAAGGCUCCCGGUGAGGCGGGGCCCUCUGAAGCGGUCACAGGUGCCGAGGGUAGUCCUGGCCUUCCAGGGCAGGGUGACCUUGAUCGUGCUGAGAGAGACGGUGGCAAGAAGGUGCAGCACCAGCCGCAAGGAAGGUUGGUGGAGGGGGCUGGUGUGACUCAUGGCGGCGGCAGGAAGGGCGGCAGAGACCAGGUGAGGCAGAGACCGCGAACCAGCAUGGACCAGCAGGACCACAGCGCCCAUGACGACGAACUGGGGCCGAUUUCCCCCAAGCCCAACUCACCAUUCACCACCAGGGCGUCGGCAUGGGCAGGAGGGGCCACGGUAGACAUCCACGGAAAAGAGGAGGUAAAGCCAAGCAACAAAGCGUCGCGAGAUGGUAGAAAGGGCGAAAGGGGUCCCACCGAGGUCACCCCAGCUCCCGGCGUUGCCGUCAAGGGGUCGGCGGUACGGGCGAGGGCGGCAGCGCCAAGCGUCGGUAUGAAUGGCGAUGAUGAUGAAAGGAACGGGCGUGACAAAGACAAGACAGAAACCGUGUCCCAGAAAAGGAAGCUGAGGGACAGCAUGGAGAUGGACGCUCAGAGGCUGACUUCGGAGUUUGCCGCGGGGAGGCUGGCCGCGCCGCACUUCUUCGGGGCGAUGAUGGAAGAGUUCGGAGAACAACGCCUUAUCGCCGUUCUACCAGGCAUCCUCAGAGUCCUCCCUGAGGGCAAGGCGGCGGAACUACAGGCCUUCGCGUCCGAAGCCGAGGGAGAGGCCGGGGUGAGGACGAAAGCAAGGCAGAGAGAGAAGGAGCUGUUGGAGAAGGUGGCCCUUGACAACGAGCAGCAGCAGCAGCAGGAGAAAGACGAGCGAGAGGUGGAACAAGAGCCUACCGUGAAGGCCGGAGCCGAAGGAGCCGCCAGCAAAGAAAGCAGAAAUGGCGCCCAGAGGAAAAGCGCCGGGAAGGAGCUGGCAGACUCUACGGGCCAUGACAGCCCCGUGGAAGCUGCUACACAGGAAGGUGCGGACGGUGCCAAAAAUCGCAAGGUAAAGAAAAAAAGGCGGGGCGAAAGAAAGGCGGACGCAGCAGAAGCCGCAGCAGCAGCAACUAGAGCACCAGACGAGCAGAAGGGCGAAACAAAGAAGAUGAAGGGCAAUAAGAUGAAGGAGAAGAAGGACAAGGAGAAGAAGGGAGAGCAGGUCAAAGAAGGUGCAGCGGCAGAGUCGGCGGCAGCAGCAAACGAGGCCGAAGAUGUUGACGUCGAGGGGGGAGGCCUGUUCGAGAUGUCGAGAGUCGAGCGGGACAGGUACGACCGGGCGUUCUCCAAGCUGAGCCCCGACGGGGCCCCCAUCAGCCCCGCGAAAGCUGCGAGCACGCUCUCCAAGAGCGGCCUGCCCCGAGAGUCUCUGAGACGGAUCUGGGUGAUGGCAGACGUAGAAAAAGACGAGCGACUGAACAGGGAGGAAUGGGCGGUAGCGAUGCACCUAGUCAUGUGCUCCACGAACAAGCAAAUACCGUUGCCGGGAAAAUUGCCCAAGUGCCUCCGGACACCGCCAAUCGGCCGCCAAGAUCAGCCCCUGCCGGAAGAAGACCAGCCUGGCGGUGGGAACAAUCCUAAAAAUAUCCGAGAGAGGAAGCCAGAGAAGAACCCUUCGACACCGACGUCGAAAAGUAAAUACUCCCCGGACUUCAAACAAGCAACGAAGGAGUUCAAGAACGGAGAUAUGGAGGCCGAGAAAUAUCUUCCGAUUUUACGGGCGGCUUUCGGAAAGAAAGAGCUCGCGAAGAUGUGGCCUAAACUGCUCCCGAGGCUACCUCCGGAGAAGGCGCGGGAGCUAGCUGAGGCGGCCGGACUGGAUUUCGAGGCCGUCAGCGAGUCGGCGACGAGCCCGGCCCCGCGGCAGGUGGGGCUGAAGGACGCCACUGCGUCCUACAAGAGGGGUGAGAUGGGCGCGAGGGAGUACUACGAGAACGUGCUGCAGGAGGCGUUCGGGGACAAGCUCGCUGGGAUGCUGCCCGACAUCCUCAAAGCCCUUCCACCAGAUCGUGCUGAAGCUGUGGCGGCCGUCGCGAAGGCACAGGCGGACAACGUGCGGCGUUUAGCGGAGGACACACCCAACGAGUGGGCGAUGAGUCUUGACGACCGCCGGGUUUACGACAAGGCCUUCGUGAAGCUGGACAAAGACCGUGAUGGGCUUCUGUCUAGCGUGGAGGCGAGGCCAGUCCUCAAGAAGGCUGUCGGGAACCGUCUCGGGGAGGCUCAGCUGGGAGACCUGUGGAAGAUGGCUGACAUCGAUCGGGAUGGCCGACUUACUAGGGAGGAGUGGGCCAUCGCGUAUCACCUCAUGCGAUGCGUGGUGAAGCGAGAGAUGAAGCUACCGGCAACGCUCCCCGAGGUUCUUGCCACCACCGCUGGAGAAAGGCUACCCUCUCUAUGA